AUGAAUUACAACAAUUAUCAACAAUCCCAACAAGCGCUUCAGGAUCCUCUGCUUUUCCAGCAGUUGCAUUCUCAUCAACAACAACAGCAGAUUCAGCCUUUUUCUGAAGACACUGCUCUUUUCACUGAUUUAUUCAAGGACCCUUCUUUGGACCAAUUGCUUACUUCAGUGUACAACUCUCCUAUUUCAUCUCCUGGCUCAUCUGCUUCUGAGACAUUGGACAGCCCUCCAACUGCUUUGCUUCAAGAUGGUUUCCUGGAUGAUCUCUUAAAUUCUCCUACCACAAUGCCUGCCAUGGACAUGUGCCAAUUUGAUAACUUUGUUCAGUUGGACCAACAACAACACAUUGCUGCUUCUGAUGAUGCUAGUCCCAAGGAACAACAGGAACAACAGGAACAACAACAAUGCUUGAAGUCCCGUCCAUCCAAGAAGAAUCAUCUCCAAGGUCAAUCUACCAUGUCCAUCAAGAUUACCACUCAAAAGUCAACACGUCCUGCACGCAAGUUGGAAUGCUUCAACUGCAAGGUCACUAAGACUCCUCUUUGGCGUAGAACCCCUGAUAGACAGCAUUCUCUCUGCAAUGCAUGUGGUUUAUAUUACAAGCAAUAUAACUGUCAUCGUCCUCUUCACGUCAGAAACAAGACGCAUACCAUCCGUGCUCAUCCUUAUGCUUGUGAACGUGUGCUGCCCAUGACAAUCAACAACACCAAGGCCGAGUCUGUAAGUAGCACUGCUACCUCAAGUCCUGCUGUCUCCAAUGCCACCAUCUUGCCUCCCUCACCACCUACUGAACAAGCCUCUGAGCCUACUGUGUUGGAAUCUGGACAAGAAUGUGCUAAUUGUCAUCAAACACAAACACCUCUCUGGCGCAAGAAUGAACGUGGCGAGCCUGUCUGCAACGCGUGUGGUCUAUAUGCCAAGCUUCAUCAUCGUGAUCGUCCCGCUGAAAUGCGCAAGACUACCAUUCAAAGACGUCGUCGUGAUUGGAAUGCCGAGGAAGAAGAAUCUGAAGAGGAAGAACAGCAACAACAGCAAGAGCAAGUGGAUCAAGAUAUUAUCAUGAUAAGCCCUGUGUCACCUGCUGUGGAAGCCACUGCUUCUACCGCUGCUGCUACUACUACAGAAACAACGCCUUGCACACCUGCUUUGUCACCUUCUGCUACUCCAUUGGCUGGCCUCGAAGCUGAAGACACUCGUUUUGUAUCCCUGUUGCUUCAGAUGGAUCGUGAUCAAAUGCAUGGCUUCUUGGGCAUGCUUGAACGUCGAUGUGAUUUCCUCAAGACCAUUCUUAGUGCACCUACUGAUUAA